GGCUUUACUCAAUGAAAUUGUGGUUGGAAAGAUGGCGUCCAAGUGCAACCUUUCUGCUUUAUUUCCAAUCCAGAGCCAGUUGGACAACGCCCUGGACAACGCUACGAACCAACAAGAGAAAGAAAACCUUGUCUACCAGUACUUGAGAAAACUAGACGACAACGAUGACUUAAGGAUUCCCGAUUUUGACGAAGGUCUCGAAUGGCUGAACACAGAAGGUCCCCUUUCUUUCACCAGAGAGCUUGCUGGUAAAGUGGUGGUGUUGGACUUCUUUACUUACUGCUGCAUAAACUGCAUCCAUAUCCUACCUGACCUGCAUCAGCUGGAGAAAAAGCACUCUGUCAAAGAUGGGCUUGUUAUCGUGGGUGUCCACUCUGCCAAGUUCCCCAACGAAAAGGUGCUGCAGAACGUGCGGAGCGCUGUGCUCCGCUACAACAUCACCCACCCGGUGGUGAAUGAUGGAGACGCUCGGCUGUGGCAUGAGCUGGAGGUGACCUGUUGGCCCACCCUGGUGCUCGUUGGGCCCAGGGGCAACCUGCUCUUCUCGCUGGUGGGAGAGGGCCACCGUGAGCGCCUAGCGCUCUUCACCAACACCUCCCUUCGACACUACAGGGACCAGGUCCUGCUCAGUGGCCACCUCGUGGGGACCAAGCUUUACAGGGACUCUCUGCCCCCAUCGCUUCUUUCCUUUCCUGGGAAGGUAGCAGUGGAUUCCAGUAGGAAGAGACUGGCUAUAGCAGAUACGGGCCAUCAUCGGGUACUGGUGGUGUCCAGCAUUGGGCUGGUGCUUUACUCUAUAGGAGGGCCUGAGAGUGGUAGGAAAGACGGUAAUCUCGACGAAGCAACCUUCUGCUCCCCACAGGGGAUUGUCAUCAAAGGAGAUACUGUCUUUGUGGCCGACACUGAAAACCAUCUGAUCAGAAAGAUUGACUUGUUGAAGGGACAGGUCAGCACCCUGGCAGGAGUGGGAUAUCAAGGCACAGACAUGGAGGGAGGGGCCAUGGGACCCCAGCAGCCUAUCAGCUCACCCUGGGACUUGGCCCUUGGGACUGCAGGUGGUGAGGAGGAUAACAUGCUGUGGGUGGCCAUGGCAGGGACACACCAGAUCUGGGCUCUGUUCCUGGAAAAUGGGAAGCUGCCUAAAAGAAGCGAGUCCAAAGCGGGGACGUGUGUGCGCUUCGCCGGCAGUGGCAACGAGGAGAACCGCAACAACGCCUACCCCCACAAGGCCGGCUUUGCCCAGCCCUCGGGCCUGGCCCCAGCUCCAGAGGAGCCCUGGGGGUGUCUGUACGUGGCCGACAGUGAGAGCAGCACUGUGCGCUCCCUGGCGCUGAAGGACGGCGCCGUCAAACUGCUGGUGGGGGGCGAGAGAGACCCCCUGAACCUGUUUGCGUUUGGGGACGUGGACGGGAAAGGAGUGGACGCAAAGCUCCAGCACCCUCUCGGUGUGGCCUGGGCUCCUGACCAAGGCCUCCUCUAUGUGGCGGAUUCCUACAACCACAAGAUCAAAGUGGUGGACCCAAAAACCAGGCAGUGUCUGGUUGUGGCUGGGACAGGGGAAGCUGGUGACGUGUUAGGGCCAAGCUUGACUGAGUCCAGCUUCAAUGAGCCUGGUGGCCUGUGUGUCGGGGAGGGGGGCAGGGUGCUGUAUGUAGCUGACACCAACAACCACCACCUCAAAGUCUUGGACCUGGACACCAAGACCGUGUCACUGUUCCCCAUUUCAGUGGAGGACGCGGUAGACUCUGCACCAACUAAGUCCUCUGGACCUUGUAAAGUCCCCAAGCUCCCCAAAUCUGCUUCAAGGGUGAAGAUGCCACCACUGGCAGUGUCACCAGGACAGACUGUCAACUUGGAGCUGGUGCUAUCGCUACCAGAGGGCACCAAGCUCACUGAAGACGCACCCAGCUUUUGGACCCUGUCAGCAGAAGGUAACGAUUGGUUGGUAGAGAACCAGGUGGUGACCGGGGACAUCCCAAAUCUUUCCCAGCCCCUCUCCAUCCCUGCCAUACUUCCAACGGUUCUCAAGGCGACAGAGGCCAGCCCCUCCCUCACCCUGAGUGUUUGGGUUUACUGCUGUCUGGCAGGAGGUGGGGCUUGUAUGAUGAAAGCCGCCUCCUUCACGCAACCUCUCCAGAUAGGCUCUACACCCAGGAAGGGCUCGGUUACCGUGACGCUGGCUCAUGCCUUCUAACUUAACAAGCCUCUAGCCCUUCCCUCUCGUUGGGGCUUUGUGUUUCAAAUAUGUUUCAUAUUUAAAUGAAGAUUCAAGUUUACAAAUGUACAAAUCCUUUUGAUAGCUCCUUUUGAACACAUAUGAUAACAGUAACAAAUAAUUUAUCAGAUUGACAUGUUUAAACAAAGUAGAUAUCAUAAAUAGUAUGGAAAGGGGAAGAAAAGGUCAAACCCGGACUUAAUUCAAUUAACAAACAAAGAAGUUUGGAUACCCCCAAAAAGGAUAAGCCCACCCACCCUACUUGCUUCCGUCCCCUUCGGGGUAAAUCCUAUGUAACUUUGUCUUAGAUAAGUGUACUGUACAAUUGGCGCAUUCAUCUCCCUCCUCUCCCCUGUAACUAUUCCCCAAUUCGUUGCUGUAAAUGAGAAUGUGUUCAGUCAACUUACCUGGUAAAAUAAAUAAAUAAAAAGUUUAAAGUCCUUAAAUUGUAUCAAACAAUGCCUGGAGUAAAUUAUUAUAUAUUUUUGAUUUAUUUAACCUUUAUUUAACUAGGCAAGUCAGUUAAGAACAAAUUCUUAUUUACAAUGACAGCCUACCCUGGCCAAACC